AUUCGCGAAAUGUUCGCUGCAGGCAAUGGACGCGAGUGGAAAACUCAAAGGAAAAUAUUUACGGUUAGCCUGCCGCCAUCGUGUUGCGUGUACAAAAGGGGCGUGUGCGUGCGCUAGUGUGUGUGAGAGAGUGUGUAGUUGUGGGCCAGGGGAAUUGAGAAUUUACUAGUAGUAUCCCAGUUGGGCGCUCAAGCAGUACGUGCGAAAAAUUAAGCGUUAAAAAAGUGCCUUUAUAAUUUACCGAUUAUCCUGACAUUACUUUGCCCUAUACUAGUUUAGUAGCCCAAAAACCUACGAUCAUUCAAUCAGGUAUAUAUUUAAAACAAAAGAAGCUGAGUGUUUGCUUAGCAAAAAGUUGCAUAAAUUGGCAAAAAUAAUAAUGAAAAUUAAUCAAAAAGGGUGACGAAUUUAAGGUACAAGAAUUUAAGCUUGCAAAGUACAUGAAGUGCGCCAAAAAAACUGCAGUGCAAUGUUCACCUUCACCCAGUGUGUAUGACAUGCAGGCAAAUGAAAAAUCGAUACCAGAAGCAUCAGCAGUUGCAACGCUCUACGACCGCUCCCAAUUAGCCACAAGGAACUGCAUCAUCGCGCAGCAGGUCCCUUGAGCCCGAACAUCGUACUUCCAGUGGACUUGGGGCAGGACACUAUCUCCAUGGUGGAUGCCAAGCCGCAGCCACCCACUCCGGGCGCAAUGCCUGGAACGGGAACACCGCCGGGCGGAUUCGCCGGCGAGCGAUCGAAGAUCAAACUGUUCAUGGAACGGACGCCCAGCAUUGGAGCCCUCAAGUCCAAGUUCCUCACCGUGCUGGGCAACAGCAACGAGCUGCUCAACGGAAUAUCGAACAAGCUGACCCUGAGCAGCAGUUCCAGCGACUCUGAUUACUGCGAUGACGAUGAAGAUAUACCCAAGUUUGACGAGAGCAUUGAUUAUACCAAGAUCGACUUCGAAGGACGACGUGUGAAGGCGCGACGAGCUCACGAGGAGAUCAUCUCAGGACGAUAUCGUCAGCCCAAUUUGGCACCGAGGCCACGUCUGGAACCAUCACGUGGGCGUCAUGCGGCCAGCAAACUGGGUGCACCCCUUCGCUCCAGCUCCGGCUCCUCGAGCAGCUCCAGCAGCAGCGACGACAGCAGCUCUGUAUCCCUGCCCGAGCAUAUGGCCAAUCGUUCUCAUGACGUGAGCAGCACCACACGCUCGGAUUCCAUAGAGUCGCGUCACUCCGGCGGAUAUGAGAGGGCCAGGGCAAUCGCAGGAGCCCGUCGCAGCGAGAUGGACAUGCAAAAGGAUGUCCAGAGGAUCGGCGAAGUGGGCGACACUGUGCCGCCGCACAUAGAUGUUCAGCCGCCGACGGAGGCGGGAGCGGGAUCCGGAGGACGGCAGCAGUGGGCGGGCGGAAGCAACUCGAUGCGCCUUCCGUCGCGCAGUCGCGCCUCGAACAGCAGCACUCUGACCAGCCUGCGCGAUGAGCCGGAUCAGCUAUUGGCCAGCCCCAGCAUGGAGUCCACCGACUGGCGGCACUUUAUCCGAUCGGAGUCGCAGAACUCGGUGCCCUCAUGGGCUUCCUCCAUCAGCCUGGAUUGCCGAGCGGGCGAGGAACCGGUCAAGGAGUUUAUGAAGCACUUUACCGCUCUGCUAUUUGGCGGAUCUCCGGGAGCCGUUGAUCUUGAGCUGAAGUCGGAGUUUGGCGUAUUGCUGCGUCUGGAGAUCGGUCGACUGUGGUUCACCCGCUUUCUCACCGAGCAGCGCCACAAGUCCAAGCGACUGGACUCGGUCACGUUCGGCAGUCUGGCCCAAUACUUUGCACUGGCCCUGUUUGAGUGCAGCGAGUGCGAGGAUUAUGGCCCGGCUGCGGUACUGAUGAACCUCUGUUUCCUUUUCUACCACGAGGUCGAGGUGCCCGGCUGCGAUCCUUAUCGCGAGUACCUGUUCUCCUCGCUGCGCCAGCAACCCAUCUGGCAGCAGGCGCGGUUCUGGAACGCAAUCUUCCACGACGGCAUGCAGGCGGAACGGGAGCAUCGGGGUCAGAGCCAGAUGAGGCGCCAAAAGCGUCGACAGCAGAAGCAGCAGCAACGGCAGGCAGCUGCCGGAGCAGGAUCAGGAGCGGGAACUGCAGAUGGCCCGCCUACCAAGUCGCAGCGCAAACAGGGCGGCGACUCCUCCUCCAGCUCCUCGCAUCAGGCGGCACAGUCGGGCACUCCGGCGGCUCAAGCCUGCACUGGUUCCAUUCCAGCCAACCGGAGGCCCAGCAAGACCAGUCUCACCCAGGCGCAUUCGCUUCGGGACCAGGAGGACAUUGCAUUUCGGCAGCUUGGGGCAUUGACGUGCAAUAUGCACUCACUGGGGACAUCCCAGGAAUUGUGCCUUGACUUUCUGAAAAAGAACGUGGUGGCCCAUAACCUAUCCAAGGAUAAAGCCAAACUAAUCAGAGACAAUAUAUAUCGAAUGUACCAUGAGACGCAACUUUGGGGAGCUCGACACGCCUGAGCAGUAACAAUUGUAAAAGUACCUAACAAAAUCGAGUUUCAAUCUUCGUCUCAACUAAAGCUAAACUUUUGUCUUAAGUCAGCCGACACCUCGAAACUAAUCCUAACUAAAGUAGCAGAUCAAUGAAGUUUUAUCUGAAAUCUGGUGUUUUUACUCGCGUUGUCGUAACCGUAAAGAUAUUAAUACGAUAGUCAUUCUUGUAACUGGAUUUGAAAUAUAAUGAAUGUAUGGGGAAAUGCUUGUAUUUAUUUUAACAUCUAUAAAGACGAAUAUUAUAUAAUGUUGUUAAUAAAUUGGGAUUUCUAAAGACGUCAUCGUUCAAUUUUCAACGUAGCUAAACAAAUUGGAAUCGCAUAUCAAAAUUAAGUUUGGAAUCAAAACCAGUUACAAGAACAUCCGUACUGCGAAUGAUAAGAGGGCACUUUAACCAAUACUGUACGUGUAUCCAUAAAUUGUGAUAAUAAUAUUUUGUGAUUACUUUAUAUAGACCUAAAUACUAUGAAAUUAUGCAGUGCAUAUAGUUAAAAUAUCGCAGUUUAAAUUGUUACAAAUCAAGAUCAAUAACUAUGCUAUAACUAUGUUUGUAAUGAAAGAGAUAAUAUUUCGCAAUUGUUUAAUACAUUCAAAUUAAUAAAAGUCUAACGAAAUUC